CGCUGAGCAAUCAUUACAAAGUCAAUUACACAGCAAAGCAUACUUAGCUAUAUCUUGUCAGCGUUUUUCAAUCAUCAUCAAUCGAAUCUAUUUUCAUGCAGGCAACUUCUCGUGAAUUCGGUGAUUUCGUCUAUAUAUGUUUCGCGUCAGUUCCUUGAUUGCGAUUUUCGUCGCUGCAAUUUCCAUCCUCAUCAUCAUCAUCUAUCCAAGCAACUACUUCACUCACAUUCAACAACUCACAACAAACAUUUUCACAAACAAAACCACAACAAUUACUUCGACUACUCAGAGUCAAAUGAACGCUGCAAAGAACAUGUCCAAGUCUCUCCGUCACGCAAAGAUCACUCCUCAUCGCUCCAGCAGCCGAGGUCACAGUGAUCAUGGCUGGCUGAACACUUACCAUAGUUUUUCUUUUGCCGACUGGUAUGACCCGAGGUUCAGUCACUUUGGAUCUCUUCGCGUUCUCAAUGAGGACCGAGUAAAGGCCAACUCGGGUUUCCCUACUCACCCUCACCGGGACUUUGAGAUCUUCAGCUACAUCCUAUCCGGAGAGCUCACACACCGAGACUCAAUGCUCACCAAGGGCAAGGAAGGAGGACAAUCUGACAAGUUCUACCGCAUGCAUCGUGGCGAUGUCCAGUUUACCACUGGUGGAACUGGCAUUGCCCACUCGGAAUUCAACGAACACAAGUCAGACACAGUCCACUUUCUUCAGAUCUGGGCCACUCCCUGGAAGCGUGGUCUUACCCCUCGAUACCACACCCGUCACUUCAGCGAUGAGUCCAAGAGGCAGGGCUUUGUCAAGAUCCUGAGCCCUCUCAAGGGAGGCGAGGAAGCUACAGCCCAGCAGGAGAAGGACGCUGAGCCUGUCAUCCCCGACACUAUUCCCAUCCACGCUGACUUUGUCAUGGCCGCUGGUAUCAUCGAGCCAAGUAAAAAGUUUGAGUGGACCGUCGGUGGAGGCGCUACUGAGCAAACAAAGAGAAAGGUCUAUGUGCAUGUGCCCAUGACCAAGGGUGGAAAGGCCAAGAUCCGUCUAGAUGGGCGGGAGGAUUCAGAGAUUCAAGAAGGUGAUGGUGCCUUCAUUGAUGGUGUCAAUGCCGGUGAUAGGCUCGCCGUUGAGAGCAUUGGUGAGGCCGAGGCCGAGGUUGUCGUUCUUGAUACAGCUUAAGUACAGGCUGACAACUCUGCCCAAGCCCGGGAAGCUAUUUGAAUGGGAAAAACGGUAGCAUUACGACCAGUAGAAGUCUCUAGAUGUAUUUAGCGCGAGUCAGUAAAAUUGAUUUCUUAAC